GUUAAAAAUGGCUUCCUCGAUGGAUGUUGACAGCGAUGAUGAAGAUCUUUUACAGCCAAGUAUCGCUUCAAAAACAUGGAUUAUAACCCCAUAUAUGGUCGAGGAGGUACUGGCUGUAUGUCCGAAUGCUUGUCGAGAAGCUAUAAAGCGUGAUUUAUAUCAAACACGCAGCGUAACGUCAACCAUUAAUAGGAUACUGGAUAGAGAGAUUGUUUGCGACAACACCACAUCUUUGCCUGAUAACCCAACAAGAGACAAACUACCUGGAAUUAUAACAGAUGUGAUUUCUUCUCCCCAAGCCAAGAAAACAAUCAACUGCUUGAGUGAUACAGACACCGAUGAUAGUGACAUUGUUAUUGUCAAUGAAAAGAGAGAAACCAUUUUUACAUCUCUAAAAGAACGGUUAGGAAAAACCACUUUGAAAAAUGCAGAUGGUUCGAGUAAAGAAGAUAAGAAAUGUGAUAAAGUUCUUAAAUCAAAUACAAACUUAUCAACAAAUGAAAAAAUCAAUACGAAUAAUAUGCACCGAACAAAUGAAAUACAAGAUUUUUCUUUUACGAAUGAACAGUGCGAUAAAAUGGAAGUUGAUCAUGAGGAUGAUAAUGACAAUGAUGUUGUUUUAGUAACUCUUGAGAAAGAGGAACCAGGCAUGAAAUUUCUGGAAAAUUUGCCCAAGAAACAACCAAAGAAUAACCAUAACAUCAGUGAAAUCAUUGACUUGAGUUUUGUGGAUGAUGAGAAUCAUAAAAAUUGUGAUGCUAAUGAUUUAGCAACGAACUCGAAAGAGAACAUUAAAAGUGCUCCAUUUCAUGAACAACUGGACACUCUGAAUAUUGAUGUGAAGAAGUCAAGACAAUAUUCAAGUAAACAGAAGUCUGAUAAAAAUGUGUGUUUAAGAAUAGAAAGUGAUGAUGAUUCUGAUACUUGUGCUGCUAGGUUGACAGGUGUCUCUGCUUCUGAAUCUGAGUCAGAGGAUUUGCCUUCUUUGUUCGUGUCAAAGAAACUUGGCUCCUCUAAUUCACAAAAUGAAAUGGAAUUCUCACAAGAAGAGUCCCAUGAUGAUGAAAACAUCCCAAAGAAGAAAAAGAAAGGUAAUGCUGAAGAAACAAGGAAAAGAAAUGAAGAGAAGAAGCUGUUAAAGGAAAGAGAAAAACAGAAAAAGAAGGAAAUGGCUGAAAAGGAAAAACUAGAGAAACAGAAAGCUCAGCUUGCAAGAAAGAAACAAAAGGAGGCAGAUGCACUGAAUCAAAAAUCACAGAAGAAAGAGGAGUGUAUGAAGGCCAUAGAAGUGUGCAUGGAUCCAGACCUACUUUUCAAAGGAGCAUCUGAUGCUGAUAUUGAUCCCAUUAUAGCCAAACUUACAGCUUUAGGGGUUUCGUAUUCUCUACAAACCCAGCCUAUACCAAAGAGUAUCACUUGGAAACGUGCAACAGUUGAUCACCAAGUUGGAGAAGAUCUUGAAAUUAAAUCUCACAAGACUUAUUCGGAUGAAAACAACGUCAUAGUUCGCUUGGAUAUAGAAGCGUUCAUAUCAUUGGUCGAUGACUUUAAAAAUGCUUGCAUCGGUUCGGUCAACUCAUUCUGCAGUAAUUUAACCAGCACCUACACGAAUAAGACUGUCACUGUAGUCAUCGUCGGUUUAGAAAAAUAUUUCAGGGACAUAAAAAACAGGCAAAAUCGACAGUUUAGGAAUGCCGUGCGCGGAGAUACCAAUACGACAAAGCAAGCCAAGUCCAAAUCGCGCAAAACGAAAAACGUACAAAACACAUCGUCGGUCUCCGUGAAAAAAGUGGAGGUAGAGGAACUACUGGUUUAUAUGGAGCUGACUUCAAAUAUUAAAAUCACUGUUUGUGAAACGGAGCAGGAGUUUGCUGAAUUUGUUGGAAUGUUUACCAAGGCGUUGGCCGAGGCUCCUUUCAAAAAAAGCCAACCGGAAACGUUUAGUUUUUGCGUGGAUUUCGGAAAAAAACCGCCCGUUAAGGUCGCAAAAGAUGGCAGCGGCCUUUUAAAGCUAUGGCAGCAACAGCUUCAACAAUACCACAACGUAUCAGCAAAUAUGGCGGCUGCUAUCGUCUCUGUUUAUCCAUCACCCCAGUUACUGGUACAGGCUURUAGACAAUGUGCUGAUGAAAAGAACGCCUCCUUGUUGCUGAAGGACAUCGUGGUUCGACGUGGUGAAGGAGUGCUAUCAACCUCUCGUCGCAUUGGUCCCGAGCUUUCUCGUCAAAUCUACAUACUGUUCAACUCUACCGAUGGUCAGACGUUGACCAAGUAAUCAAGAAUCUCCAUGGCAACAGUUAUUGUCCUCUGGUUCGUACCUUAGAUGAAGUGAACUCUACACUCUUUCAGGCAGUCAUCCUUUACUUUGAAGUUGUUCUUGUUCCCACCGCAUCCGCUAUAAGUGAAGGGCUUGCAAUGCUUGGUGUUGUUGUCG